ACGUCAACGAGCCAGUGAACAUUAAGCGGAGCAGACCAAAAUCCCAAACAAGGAAAUGGUGGGGGAAUAAACCGAGCAGAUUAUUUAAUUAAUGCAUGUAAUAAUUAAUAUUUUAUUUGAUUGUAAAUGACGACGUAUUUAUGGGUUAGAAUGGAUUACGACUUCAAAACAAAGCUGGCUGCCGAGAGAGAGAGAGUUGAAGAUCUGUUCGAAUAUGAAGGUUGCAAAGUGGGUCGAGGCACCUACGGGCACGUUUAUAAAGCUAAACGCAAAGACGGGAUAGAUGAGAAGGAAUAUGCACUGAAACAAAUAGAAGGCACUGGAAUUUCAAUGUCUGCGUGCAGGGAAAUUGCGCUGUUACGAGAAUUGAAACAUCCCAACGUGAUUGCCCUGCAGAAAGUGUUCCUCUCCCACAGCGACAGAAAGGUUUCGCUCCUGUUAGACUACGCCGAGCAUGACCUCUGGCAUAUCAUCAAGUUCCACCGCGCCUCCAAGGCCAACAAAAAGCCCAUGCAGCUGCCCCGAGGGAUGGUGAAGUCGCUGCUGUACCAGAUUCUGGAUGGGAUCCAUUACCUCCACGCCAACUGGGUCCUCCACAGGGAUCUGAAACCGGCUAACAUCUUGGUCAUGGGAGAAGGACCCGAACGAGGAAGAGUUAAAAUCGCCGACAUGGGCUUCGCAAGACUCUUCAACUCUCCCCUCAAGCCGCUGGCUGACCUCGAUCCCGUGGUGGUGACCUUCUGGUACAGGGCUCCCGAGCUCCUGCUGGGGGCCCGCCACUACACCAAAGCUAUCGAUAUCUGGGCCAUCGGCUGCAUCUUCGCAGAGCUGCUAACGUCGGAGCCCAUUUUUCACUGUCGCCAGGAAGACAUCAAGACCAGCAACCCCUUUCAUCACGACCAGCUGGACAGGAUAUUCAGCGUCAUGGGUUACCCGGCAGAUAAAGACUGGGAAGACAUCCGCAAGAUGCCAGAAUAUCCGACGCUCCAGAAGGAUUUCAGAAGAACAACCUAUGCAAACAGCAGCCUGAUCAAAUACAUGGAAAAACACAAAGUCAAACCAGAUAGCAAAGUUUUCUUGUUGCUCCAGAAGCUGCUCACCAUGGACCCCACCAAAAGAAUCACAUCGGAGCAAGCGCUGCAGGAUCCCUACUUCCUGGAGGACCCCUUACCAACCACCGACGUGUUUGCCGGCUGCCAGAUCCCGUACCCAAAAAGAGAAUUUCUCAACGAAGACGAGCCGGAGGAGAAAGCGGAAAAGCGCUUGCCUUGUGCGCUCGCUCGCUCGCAGAACCAGACGCAACAGCACCAGCAGACAACGGGCCAGACUCAGGCGCAGAACCAGCAGCAAACGGCAGCCCCGCAGGCCCCAUCUCAGCAGAACUCCACCCAAACCAACGGCACCUCCGCAGCCACGGGGGCCAACGCCGGCGGGGGUUUACAGCACGGACAGGACCAGGGCCCCGCCAAUAAAAAACCCCGCAUGGGACCUUCGGGCACCUCUUCGGCCACCGGCGUGCUCCAGUCAGAGUAUCAGCACUCCACCUCCCGCCUGGGUUACCAAAGCAACGUUCAAGGCCCCAAUCAGCCGCAGGCCGCCGUGGGCUACACGUCGUCGUCCCAACAGAGCUCCCAGUAUUCCCACCAGACCCAUCGUUACUGAGACAGCGGGUCAAGUCCUUGAACCAGCAAGAGGGGUGGACCUCCUCCACAGAUGUCACCGUUGGACGCUAGCAGGAAGCGGCUCCUUGGCCCCGGGUUUCUCACCGCAUGACAUCAAUCCGGCCUUUUGACGCAUAGUCACGUGAAGGCAAACCCAGACUGAAACAAAUACUGUCUCUGAUGACACAUUUUGGUCACCUUCUAUAUGCAUCCAUCUCUAUCUCUCUCUCUAUAUCCAUAUUUAUAGAGAGAGAUCGAGAUCUAUAUGAAGGUGACACAUGUACUCCAAACGUAUGGCACUUACGAAGGCACCGUUCCUCACGAGGAAGGAUCACAACUCCUAUCUUGA